AUGUCCAAGCCCGUAUUCUACACCUUCGGCCACUCCGUCUGGGCUGCCGCCCCCGAGCUUGCCAUUGCUGAGCUCGGCUACGCCGACGACGCCAUUGAGACCAAGGUCGUCAACCUCGUCGAGGGCGCGAACUUCCACCCCGACUUCCUCAAGAUCAACCCUAACGGGACGCUCCCCACGCUCGAGGCGGACGGCAAGACGUUCACGAACACCAAGGAUGUCGUGCACUACCUCGUCGAGCACGCGCCCAAGAAGGUCGCCACUGGCACCGCCAUCAUCGACACCAUCCACGAGGACCGCCUUGACCCCAACCUGCCGAUGUUCCUCGCGCGCAACGAAGAGGAGCUGAAGGCCAACGCGUCUGGCUUCUCGUUCGUGUUCGCCGACAACCGCCAGAAGGCGCUCGAGAAACACAGCGAGCUCCCCGAGGCCGCCCCGCUCAAGGACUUCUACGACGCGAAGAAGGCCGGCAACGGCGGGAUCCUCGCCAUCCUCAAGGGCGAGGUGCCCGACGCCGUCAAGUCCGGCUUCUUCGGGCAAUCCGUGCAGCACUGGGAGACGCUCGGCGCGUUCAUCACCAACGAGCUACCCGCGGCCCUACCCGACGCCGGCCCCUUCCUUGGGGGCGCCGCCCCGGGCGAGGACGACUUCCACCUCGGGGCGUGGCUCGCGCGCCUCGUGUUCCUGACGCAGGGCACCGCUGACAAGGACGGGUACAAGUCCCUCGAGAAGGAGACGAAGGGGCCGGUGCCGCCGAAGGUGGCGGCGUACUGGGCUGCUUGGGUCGAGCGCGCUAGCUUCAAGAAGGUGUACGCGAGCGGCCUUCACUGA